AUGUCGGUUGAGCCCGCUACAAAGAAGGUGAAGUUAGAACUUACCAGUUGUGAUGAGCCGUUGACCCAAAAAGACGUAAUAGCAUUUCAAAAGGAAGCACUCUUUAGAUGUAUUCAUCAGAAACGGAUUAGUUUAGAGUCUUUGCAGACCCAGUACGCGUUGUCAACGAGACAGUGUGCGGAUGUCACCAGGAAGCUAGCAAAUUUAAUGGCGUUAGUUGUAACAUUAGCUAGAUUCCUUCAGCCCAUUUGCCAAGCUGAUGAGGAAAAGCAAAUAUGUGAAAAGGUUGCACAGGGUGAUGAAACCGUUAUUGUACAGCUGAGUGACGUAUUUAUGAAGUUAUUGACGAAAUACAGCGGUACCGAGAACGGUGAUGAAAAAACUCAAGGGCUUGCAAUUGCCUUACAAGCAUUGCAGCAGGAUAAAGACGAGUUAGUUUAUCAAAAUAAGCAUUUACAAGAGGAAGUGAUAAGAAUCAAAUCUUAUUACGAAGGAAUUGUUCACAGUUACGAUAGAGAAGAAUCUCAAACCGUGAAAAGGAUAUUUAAGAGGAAGGACAAUACUGAUGAAGUCAAUGUUAAGGAAGAGUCCUUACCCAAUGGAACUGAUAUAAGUAAACAAGAAAGUACACCUUUGAAAGAGGACUCUCCUGUCAAUGGCGGAACUCACGGCAAUGGUAACGAUGGUGGAAAGGACGUGGAACAAGAAUUGCGAAUGCAAGAUUUAAAAUCACAGAUAGAUGCUCUACAGACCACGGUACAGAGUUUGGAACAGUUUAAACAACAAAAUGAGCAAGAAAUCAUUAAACUACGCAAGCAAUUACAGGAACAACAAUCCCAGCCGUCCGAGAGUACGCAAGAUACAAAGGAUACGCACUCGGAGAAGAUUCAGCAUUUGACUAGACAAAAUGGUGAACUUUCACAGGUAAACGAGGAUCUAUUGACGAAGUUUCAUGAACUUUCGAAAAAUAGAGAUGUUUAUUCAAAUAAUUUGGCCCAAGAGUUACAAACGGCUCAGGAAACUUUGAAAAAGCAUAACUCGAAUUUGGAAAAAGAUCUAGUAAGGAUAAGGACCACGCGUGACGAACUUUUGAGUAAAGUUGCCAUACUGGAGAAAGAAACUUCUAAAAGUACCAUGUUAGAAGAUUUGCAAUCUGCACUUGAUACUCUAGCAAGCCAAUGGUCAAAAUUGGAGAGCAGAUCAAAGCUAACAUCAUCAUCUGAAACCUCACAAAAUCAAGAUGCAUUACUCAAAGAAUUACAAGAUUUAGAACAAGCAUUUAAAGACCUCUCCGGUAUUACUCACAAAAAGUAUUCCGAAUACAUCAACCAAGAGUCUGUUAUAUCCAAAUUGAGUGUAGAGAAGACAAAGGCCGACCAAAAGUAUUUCGCCGCCAUGAGAUCAAAGGACGCUAUACUUGUGGAAAACAAGAAUCUAUCCAAAAGCUUGACCAAAUCAAAUGAUCUCAUAUCACAGUUAAAGGAUUCUGAUAAAUUACUACGACAAAAGAUUGACAAUAUAACUAAACAAUUGCAAUUAUCACAAAGUAACGAAAAACGCCUCAUCGAUUCCAAUAAGAUUACUACCUUGAAAACAAUGGAUUUAAAUUCUGAACUAUCCAAAUUGAAAAAAUCUUUAAAUUUCACCAAGGAUGAAAAUUUCAAGCUCACCACACAAUUGACCCAAUUAGAGGGUAAAUUACAAUCCUUAGAAACUGACUUGAAAAGUGUAAGGAUCAAAUCGCAUAAUUUUGAAAGCAAAUGUGAAAAAUUGCAAAAUUCUCUAUUGACAAAUGGUGGUGACAAUGGGCCGCUGGUGGAAGAAUUGGAAAAUUUCCGUACUUUGGUUUACUGUUCAUUAUGUUCAAAGAAUUGGAAAAACAUGGCUAUCAAAUCUUGUGGCCACGUAUUCUGUGAAAAUUGCUGCAAGGAAAGAUUAGCCUCUAGGAUGAGAAAAUGUCCAACUUGUAAUAAGGCAUUCAGCUCUAAUGACCUUUUACUGGUACACUUGUAA